AUGCCAAAGAGAGGAAACAGAAGGACUCGUGGUUCACGAGGCGGCUCUAGAGGAGGUUCUCGCAACUUACUGAAAAACCGCACACGUGGAAACAAACGUAAAUCGCCCAGUUCAAAUACUUAUAACAGGCUUUCUUCAUCUCAAUACCAGGAACUCAUGGAUCUGGACUCGAUAUACAUUCCAAAUGGAGAAAUGGCUGAAGUUGGGAGAAAUAUGGGUAGGCGAAGGUAUGGAAAGUUAGCCGAAGAGGCUGCUUACACUGAGUCACAUAGAUAUGAAGAUUUUGCAUCUAAAACCUUUCGAAAUCGACCUAUAGAGUUUAUCAAAGCUAAAGAGGUUUAUGAUCCAAAUGUCAUAUUGCAUAAAUUGACUCAAGAGAAGAAGACACAGUAUGGAGACAUUAUCGAUGAGGAAUUUAAAAGUAUCUCAUUGGACGAUUCAGAAGCCGAUUCAGAAGCCGAUGAUGAUGAUGAGGAGGAGGAGGAGGAGGAGGAGGAGGAAAAGGAUGGUCAGGAGAUGGAGAAUGAAAAUGAGACUGAUGAUGCUAAUGAAGAGGCGGACGAGCAAUCAAGUGAACUUUGGAAUGAUGAAGAAGAAGGAGAUAGUCAGGAAGAUUGGGACGAGGAGGAGUUGCGAAAAGUUUUAGAUAAAAAACUUGUCCAGCUUCAAAAGGAACUCGAUUUGGAACAGGAUGUUGGUAUUGUUGAAAAGAACGAGAAGGAUAUUAUUGACAAAGAAGAUAAAGAAAGUGAUGUUGAUGAUAGUAUAUUGAAUGCAGACAAGGAAAAUUCCGAGCAGUUUGUAAAUAUUGGUAAGAACCAAAGUGAAAUUGAAAGCGAAGAUGAGGACGGUGAUGAAGAAGAAGAGCAAGAUUUAGAUGAAAAUAAUGACUUUGAAGAUGACUCCGAUGAUGACUUAGAUGAUGCUUCAAUCGAAGAUAUAAAUGGAGAAGAAUUUGCCAAACAAAAUGAUGUUUCAUCUAUCUCGUAUUUGGAUGAGAAUAACAUCUAUAGUGAGAAACUCUCACGUGAUGAGAGUCUGGAUAGUAUUCCCGGAUCUAAGAAUGUUGAUAACUCAUCCUCGUUGGAAGAAAUAACUGUAAAAAGCAAGCCAAAAGACCUUGUUAAAAACGCCACUAAUAAUUUCAUCAACUGCAAUGAAAGGACUGGCAAAGACAAACCAGAGUCAGAGCCAGAGUAUGGCUUUUUAGAAGAAGACUACGAAUUUGAUGUGUCCAAGAUUGAAGUUUCAAAUGUCAGAUUUGGCAUCAGUAAUCAAUACUAUGUGAAAUGUGCAGAAUUGACAGGAACAACAGUUGACGAGUUUUUCUGGUUUGAUGAAGAAGAUGUUGUAGAUUAUGUGCUUGCCAAUGGAGUCAAGGAGCAUCGUUUAGCAAAAUUUUUGUCUUUUGUAACUAAGGGCAUGGUUGGUGGUAAUGAAUCCGAGUCACAAGAAGAUUUGGAUGCAUUUACAAUUGACGUGAAUGGCCUUGAUGAUGAUGACGAAAGUGAUGAUGACGAGGAUGAUGACGAGGACGAGGACGAGAACAAGUUUGCCUCAGGUCAAGAUGAUUAUCCAUAUGACUCAGAAGACGGCCUCGAAGACUUAUUGCGUAUACCAGAAACAGCACGCAGGGACUUGUACCUAUGCUUGACCGUGACUUUUCGCGUAACAUUCCGGCAAAAUCGAGAUAUUGAUCCAGAUUUACAAAGUUCGUUAACCAGGCAACUCAAAAAUUACAACCACAACAAACGCGAAAAACGUAAAGCAAGAAAAGACCGUGAGGUUGAAGAAGCAGUAUUACGAAAUGACAUGUUGAUCAAGUAUCCUGAAAAGAUACUGAUAAAAGAAAUUAGAGCAGAAUUCGAAGCAUUAUUAAAAGAUGAAUCUCGCCACUCAAUGAGCUUCCCCACUUUGGAUUCUCAUGGUCACCACACAAUUAAGAAUAUGGCUGAUUGUUAUCACAUGACGACUGAUAAAUGUGGCAAGCAAGGUGUGAGGCAUUAUCUCAAGGUAUCAAAAACCAAAUCCACCUUUAAGUAUUUCCCAAACUACAAACGUGUUAACGCAAUAAUGCGUGGAAGGCCAAUUUUCCACCGCAUCGACCGUAAACCUAACCCUAAGGAUAAAAAGACAAAGACAAUAUCUGGGAGGGGUAGUGAUAGUGGUGGCAGAGCCAAGUUCAAGGAAGGUGACAUUGUUGGUGCUGAAGCGCCCGAAAUUGAUCAAAACAAUUUGGGUAGACAAAUGUUGGAGAGGCUAGGAUGGAGCAAAGGCAUGGGUCUUGGACUCUCUGGAAGAGGUAUCAAUGAACCAAUUGUUGCUAAGGUGAAAAUGUCUAAAACUGGUAUCAAAUAA